UUACGAUCAAUCUUCAGAAAAAUCUUUGAUAAGACCAUUAUAUAAACGAGAAGAAGUCUCACUAUAAUCAUAUCAUCACCUUCCCCACUAAUACUCUAUAGUUUGUUUUUGUUCUUCUUAUAAUCUUUAUAUUUUCAGCAAACGAAAGGGAAGUGUGUCAGAAAUCUCAGAGGGUGAGAAUCCCAAUGAGGAUCUUACCCGAACCUCGAGGUUCGGUUCCGUGUCUUCUCCUUCUUGUGUCGGUUCUCUUAUCAGCGACUCUCUCACUCGCUCGUGUCGUCGAAGUUGUCGGUUACGCCGAGAGCAAGAUCAAAACCCCCCAUGCAUUUUCAGGACUUCGAGUGACGAUCGACUGUAAGGUGAAUAAAGGCCAUUUUGUUACAAAAGGUUCGGGAAACAUUGACGACAAAGGAAAGUUUGGUCUUAAUAUUCCUCAUGACAUUGUCUCCGACAACGGAGCGUUAAAGGAGGAGUGUUACGCUCAGCUUCACAGCGCGGCGGGAACACCUUGUCCGGCUCACGACGGCCUUGAGUCCACCAAGAUCGUGUUUUUAUCCAAAUCCGGGGAUAAACACAUUUUGGGUCUCAAACAAAAUCUGAAAUUUUCACCGGAGAUUUGCGUUUCCAAAUUCUUCUGGCCUAUGCCUAAGUUGCCUCCUUUUAAGGGCUUUGAUCAUCCUUUCCCUUUACCUCCACCUUUGGAACUUCCACCGUUUCUCAAGAAGCCAUGUCCACCUAAAUACAGUCCUCCUGUGGAGGUUCCACCCCCGGUACCAGUUUACGAGCCGCCGCCAAAGAAAGAGAUUCCCCCGCCGGUUCCGGUUUACGAUCCACCGCCUAAGAAAGAGGUUCCACCACCUGUCCCAGUUUACAAGCCACCACCAAAGGUGGAGCUUCCACCGCCUAUUCCUAAGAAGCCUUGUCCACCUAAACCGCCGAAGAUAGAGCACCCACCUCCGGUUCCGGUUUACAAGCCACCGCCAAAGAUAGAGAAGCCACCUCCGGUUCCGGUUUACAAGCCCCCGCCAAAGAUAGAGCACCCACCUCCCGUUCCGGUACACAAGCUACCGAAGAAGCCAUGUCCGCCUAAGAAAGUUGAUCCACCGCCGGUGCCAGUCCACAAACCACCAACGAAGAAGCCUUGUCCGCCUAAGAAAGUUGAUCCACCGCCGGUUCCAGUCCACAAGCCGCCGCCAAAGAUAGUCAUUCCACCGCCGAAGAUAGAGCACCCACCUCCAGUUCCGGUUUACAAGCCGCCGCCGAAGAUAGAGCAUCCACCAAUCUACAUACCACCAAUUGUGAAGAAGCCGUGUCCUCCGCCGGUACCAAUAUACAAACCACCGGUUGUGAUCCCCAAGAAGCCAUGCCCUCCGCCGGUACCAGUAUACAAACCACCGGUAGUGGUGAUUCCAAAGAAGCCAUGUCCGCCACUUCCACAGCUCCCACCACUUCCAAAGUUUCCACCUCUUCCUCCUAAAUACAUUCACCACCCCAAGUUCGGGAAAUGGCCUCCGUUGCCUCCACACCCUUGAGAAACAUUAAAUACGUAUAUAUAGAUAUACGUAUACUCAUGUAUAAUCAACGUGUUUGCCUUUUUUUAAUAUUUUAUCUUUGCAUAUGUUUUAUAUCUUGUUUCUUUUGUUGGCUUUGAGUUCUCUUUGUGUAGACUGGUUGUUUAUAUUCCCGCAAUCUUCCAACAAUAAUAUGGUAAUGAUACGUUUCUCUUUUAUCAUGAGAUGAUCAACAAGAAUUUUGCGUUAAAGAGUCCUCGGGAGAAAAAACUUGCUUGCGUUUUCGCGCGCAUAAACGUUUUUGACCAUAUUUUUGUCACUAAGCGACAACAUAUGGGAGAUUAAUAUAUACGUACAUUUUUUGUAAAAAAGGUGAAAAAAUGGGAGAUGGUAAAAGAAAGGCAGAUCUUUCAUAAGAUAUUCG